AAACACCAGCAACGGCUUCACUCUUUCGCGCACACCCUCGAUCUUGAAAGUACCCUCUGGUUGAUGCGUUUGUUCUUUUGGUGUUUGUCUUUGUGCGUGUUGUUGCUGCUGCUGCUGUUGUGGUGUGUGUUGGGCUCUAUGCGAGUCCACACGCUGGCUGGGUUGGCGCGGUGUUCAGUACGCUUCGUAAUUACCGAUAGGGGCGGUGGGAGGGGGGGGGGGGCGACUCGGUCGUUUGUGCGCAACGCGAUUCGCUCCCCCCCCCAAGUCACCAUUCUCGCGUUGCGUUUUUGCCAGAGCGCGCAGCCAAUGCAUAGCGUAGGGCGGCAGCAGCGGCGGUGAGCUACGUGAGAAGACCUUGAGAUCCGAGUGCGCAAAGCGAACGGUCUCUUUUUGUUUCAUUUGUGAAUCCAUGGUUCUGAAAAUGGAAUUGAAAAGUCGGUGAAAUCUACCAAAAAGAAAGCACGAGGAAAAAAGGCGGAACAAGCGAAAUAAGUAAAGCGACACGGCCUGCGGUCCCUACGGGAGGGUCACAGGCGCUCCCGGAGUCUUUCAUCCCAAGCCGGACAGACCCCUCCACCGCUGGACAAUUCCCACGAAGCGUGGUGGGGGUGCCCAUUGUACCCCCUUGACGGCAAAGCCAUGGGUCUGGCGCCUUUCUUAAUUGUGCAACUCCAUCUGUUCGCCUUAGCACAGGGCAUGUUCACCGAGGUGCCCCAGGACGUGAUGGCAGUGGAGGGCGACGACGUGGUGCUCAUAUGCGCCUACCAGGGCAGCGGCCCCACCUCGCACUCCAUCGAGAUGCAGUGGUGGCACAUGCGUGGGGAGCCCUACCGCGGGGGACCUGCCCCCAAGGCCCUGCCGCCAGCCACCAGCCCCGCCCGUCCCCAGACAUCCAAGAACAGCGACGCUACUAAAAUUAGCGCCGUCAAGGUGAUGGGGAGCGACAUCUCCAACUACCUGCGGCUGUCGAGCGUGCGCCGCGAGGACGAGGGCCUGUACGAGUGCCGCGUGAGCGACCGCAGCGACGACAACACCCAGGAGCACAAGGCCCAGGCCACGCUGCGUGUGGACUUCCGCCUGCAGGGCGACAUGCAGGCGGCUUGUUUCUCAAUGUCCUCCGCUCGCACAAGCACGCUCCGGAGGCUCGGCCGCUCAUCCGCGGCAACCCCGCCCUGGGCAAGAGCCAGGCGCACGCCACUCCGCCCGCGCUGCGAGAGGCCGGACACAAGCGGCAGCAGGCGAAGCCGUCUACGAGCGCGCCCAGCCAGGGCCAGCCGUCCGGGAGGCGGCACUACACCGGUGGGUGAGAGGCAGUGGGGGCCCACGCUCGGCCUUGAGCGGGUUCACACUGAGUCUGCUGUUAACACUCCAACUUCUACCUUUCUGAAAUCAGCUCAAUCCCUGGAAGAUUACCCCCCACCCUUCUCGGCACUCCUCCCUAGCACUCCCCCCCCCCCCCACUCCAAAAAAGAUCACACAUCCCCCACUCCCCCCCGUCCUGAAGAUUACGACAAUCUCCCCCCGAUGACGUCUGCGAUCAGAAUUUAAAAAAAAACUUGUUAGAACGUUUGCUUGAUUUAUAUUAUCUAAAACACUUCGCCCGGGUUUAGACAAUACUAUAAGCCAUUAAUAACAGUAUUAUUAAAUAAUUGUACCUUGUCAAAAUACGAUGCCUACAAAUUUUAACCGAAUGCCCGGUUGUAUUGCAUGUGGAAAACAUUUAUCAGUUGGGCUUCGAACAUGUAAGCCUGUUUAUACUACAUUGGCGGGGCAUGUGUCACACGGCGAAAAGUAAUUGGAGAAACAAAAUAUAUUGCUCUUCUUUAGGAAUGUACAUACUUGUCAAUCAAUUUGUGUCAUCACUUUCAGUGCACUUAAUAGUUGAACAUCGAAAUGAAACGGAGAGAUAUGUUUGCCGAGUCUUUGAUUUUUUUAACAUAUAUAUCUAGAAUCCUGUUGUAAAAGGAGUACUUGGAUUAGAGUCGUUGAUUGUUGAUAUUCAUUACAACGGGCGAUGUGUUUAUUGAUGAAAACGUCAAUGGUAUUGAAUUAUGGACAGGGUGAAAUUUCAAGAGUGAAAUGUUUAAAAAGUGUAACGGUCAGAGCGUUUGUAAUGUGCUAAGAGUAAUUCCACAUUUUGCAGUGUUCAACAAAAGGAUUGCAAAUAAACGUUUGGCGGACAUAUA